CGCAAGCAACACCUUCAGUUGUUUCUGCGUUCGUUCACAACUUUCACGGUCUCGUAUGUUUCGCACAUAACCCUAUUUUCUCACAUGAAGGAGUUUAGGAUUGCGGAGCUGUAGAAAUUGAGGUUUUCCAAAGGGUGAAAGUAAACCCCCUUUUCCCUAAGCGGCAUCUCUAAAUGUGCUAUCUUUUGUGAAGUUUAAAAUGGCUGGUGUAUUUGACAUUGAACUACAUGAUGAUGAUACAGGACAACUCGAUGACUUAGACGAUGAUACUAUUGAUGUUGAGGAAGAUGGUUAUGACCCAGACCCAAAUGUUAAUGCCAUAUUCGACGAUGAAGAUCUCGAAACAGUUCAAAUAUCAGAGCAAAAUGUAGGCAAGGAGAAAACUGGACCUCAAGACUUUGAUUUGCUAAAGGUGCUAGGUAAAGGUGGUUAUGGCAAGGUAUUUCAAGUUAAAAAGAGGUCUGGGCAAGAUUCAGGAACCAUAUUUGCCAUGAAAGUUCUCAGAAAAGCGUCCAUUGUUAGAAAUCAAAAAGAUACUGCUCACACCAAGGCGGAGAGAAAUAUCCUCGAGGCUGUCAAGCAUCCAUUCAUAGUAGAUUUGAUGUAUGCCUUCCAAACUGGAGGCAAAUUAUAUCUUAUUUUGGAGUAUCUAAGUGGUGGAGAGCUUUUUAUGCAUUUGGAACGGGAAGGCAUAUUCCUGGAAGAUACAGCUUGCUUUUAUCUCUCUGAAAUUAUUCUGGCUCUGGAACAUUUACAUAGGCAAGGCAUUAUUUAUAGAGAUCUUAAACCUGAAAAUAUCUUAUUAGAUGCCCAAGGUCAUGUAAAACUUACAGACUUUGGACUAUGCAAGGAACAUAUUCAAGAAGGUAUUGUCACUCAUACCUUCUGUGGUACCAUUGAAUACAUGGCACCAGAAAUCUUGACUAGAAGUGGUCAUGGUAAGGCGGUGGACUGGUGGUCCUUAGGAGCCCUCAUGUAUGAUAUGUUGACGGGCACACCUCCCUUCACAGCAGAAAACAGGAAGAAGACUAUUGAAAAGAUUCUGAAGGGGAGAUUGAUGCUUCCAGCAUAUCUAACUACAGAUGCUAAGGAUUUAAUUAGAAAAUUACUCAAGAGACAAGUUAGCCAAAGACUGGGCUCUGCUCCCACAGACGGAGAGGGAAUCAGAGCCCACAACUUCUUUAAGCACAUAAGCUGGGAAGAUGUUCUGGGAAGGAAAUUAGAACCACCAUUCAAACCAUCAUUGUCUGGCGAAGAUGAUGUGUCUCAGUUUGAUAUUAAAUUCACCAACCAACCACCUGUUGAUUCUCCUGAGGAGUCUACAUUAAGUGCAAGUGCCAAUAUGGUUUUCCAAGGUUUCACCUAUGUUGCGCCUUCUGUUCUGGAAGAAAUGCAUAAAGGGCCAAGAAUUGUGAAAGCAAGGUCACCUCGCAAAGGUCCAUUUGGAACGUCGGGGCCUGGUUCUCAUUCAAUGAGGACACCAUUUAGUCCACGUCACACGUUACAAGCCUUUCCUCAUGGGCAUCAUUUAAGUGGUUUUACAUUUGGGCAUCAAGCCUCAUUAGAUCCAAAUCCUUGUCAAGAAGAGUAUAUGGAAGUUCAAAGCCCCCAUGUGUAGCCCUGGCUUACAUCUAGAGAAAUAGCAGAUAUGGUUUUGCACAGCAUCGGGUUAUUACGAAUUUUUAUAUUUUUAACGGUAACAUAGCAAGUAAUUUAAAAGUGUUCAAAGGUUUUGCAUGGCCUUUUGUGUUAACACCACUGAAAUUUUGUUCUAUAAAAUACUACUAUUUGCUGUAAAUUUUUUUUGUUGGAUUUGGACUUUGAGUAUUUUUGCCAUAUUUCAAAUGCCAUGUCUCUUGUCAGACAUAUCGACUGAUUCAGGUUUCUUUAUUACCAGUGUCCCAGACAUUCUUCCUUUUUAUAAUGGUUUAUUUGUCCUUUUACAAGAUUUGUAUUUUUUUAUUCAGUUAUUGUAUUGCAUCCCAGUGGAUGUUUUAUAAAUGGUCCUAUAAAUACUAAGAGACAGGGAAGGAAAUUUUUUAUGAAUAAUUUCUUCUUAUCUAGGUUAGAAUGUGUGGGGAACUGGUGUGGCACUCACAGCAAAUUUUCAGUCUUUGUAAUUUCCUUUUGUUAGUGCAAGGAUAUUCUGAAAGUCUGUUGUAGGUUAGGUAUGAACUACUGAUAUAGAGGAUGUUGCUGUUUGAGUAGGCAUCACUGACCAGUAUGUGAUUUGUGUGAUCAGUCAUGCUUUACUCAGUUUUAUUGACGAAUGAAAUUAAUCAUAUAUGUAGAAUUGAUGACACAGUGUGUGUCUUGGGGGUUUUAGUUGUUAAGACAUUUUAUAUUCAAUGGAGUUUGAAGAGGUAGACUUUGUGUUGGUUACCAGUGGAAUCUGCUUAUCUUAAUGUGGAUACUGGACCUCAAGCUUGGUGCUUUGUUAUAUCUGUGGUGUUCCAUAUUAUCGAGAAAAUUUAAUUUCAUCACUGUAUUUGUUCCAUGUGGUUUCAGAUUUGUUCUAUAUGACAGUUUUUCUGUAUGGCUGCUCCAGUUAUUGCAACACAUGCUUUAUUUUCACCGAAGGGGGAAUAUAUGAAUUAUAUGUUAUGGCGCCUUGGGUAUUUUACCUGUUCUUUGGCCCCUCUGUUUAGCAUCAAUAUUUUCACUGUUCUUACUUAAUUAGUGUUUAGCUGUUAAUGUGACACGUGAAGUGGCAAAUGUUUAGCAGUUGCUAGCUAGGCUGACCACCAUGAAGGGUUUAUUUCUACACUUUUGCAAGAAAUGACUGUUAUUUGUGUCUGAUCUUAGUUAAAUCACCUAACAUAUGCCUUAAAAUCUAUCUGCAGGCAAGAACCGUAUCACAGUACAUAGAAGCUUCAAAUUAGAGUACCUGCCUCAAGUUCUGUUUUUUAGCUCCUGUACUUGUGUUCCCAAAAUGUCUUAUAUUAUAAACCUGUAAAUGGGGAUACAGUUUCAUUUCUUAUUUUGUUCAUUAUCCUUUCAAUAGUGUGAGAAGAAAGUUUCAUCUGUAAAUUCAUAUCACAAUUUUCUAUUGUAGCUUACUUUUUUCCCUCUCCAACUUUUGCACUCGAGGCCACUAACCUGUAUCUUAUUAAAAUUUAACUGCAUAUUUGGUUUUAUUAUAAUAUGCUUUUGGUUAGGUACAAACUUUCACCUGUCAACUUUGCUCACAUUCUAUGUGCUUUCCUGAGACUCUUUAAUUUUGCUGUAGAGGUUUUUCCUUUUCUAAUUCUGAUGAGUGACAUGCCUUUGCAAAAAGGUUGGGUAAAAAAUCACCAUCAUUAGUGUUGUAAUCAAAGUCAGCCUCAAGAAAUUUGUGGCUCACUUAUUAAAUAUUGUAACGAUAUUGUAUUGAAUUCAUGUUAUUAUGUAUAUUAUAUUUACCAUACACCAGAGAUAUGAUACAGUUUUGUAAAUGUUGAGUUUAGUGGAUCACUAUUCCAAAAGAUAUUUUUUCAGAGUACCCUUUUUUAGUCAGAUAGAAUUAUAAACAGCAUUUUAACUUUAUUUGUAUAUCAUUAAUUAUAUUCUGAGGUGUGAUAAAGUUGUGGUAGCAGGUUGAAAAUACUUGUGAUGCGUCAAACCAUCAACCUGUCUAGUUUUUGUCCCAGCACACGUUUUCUCAAAUUUAUACUCUGUAUGGUUCUUUACUGUAACUUUUGCCAAAAAAUUUUAUUUACUUAUGUAGAACAUGAACUGCGUCAUUAUCCUUAUGAGAACAUAUAUGGGGAUAAAAGUACAGCAAGUUUCUGAAUUUUCAAGUUCUCUUUGCUGAAUCAUUUAGUUGGUUUUGUUUGGAAUACCUUGUCAUUAUAGUCUUGUGCAACGUGACAGAAUUUGUUUUUGGGAAGAUUAUACCAACCACAUCAAUCUCAAAAUUUCUCAGUACUCUGAGAGAUAAAUCUAUGGCUCAAUCAGAGCCAGUUAAUUAAUUUCUAUUCCUAUCUCUCUUUACUGUGUAAGUUAAUCACAUUUCAAUUGUUGUUUCAUUUCACAAAUUGUUAUAUAUUUAUACCUUCAAAUAUUGCUGAUGUUUGCUUUUAAAAAUCAGAUUUUUCUUGUUUUCUGUAAUGUGUGUUUGUUUCAUGCAAAGCAAAUCAAAUUUAUGGUCUGGAUUUUAAGUAUACCAACUUUACUGCCCCAUAUUCUACUAUCUGAAAGCUGAAGAGAAUGAUUGAAAAGUAAAUCUUAUUUCUCCUUUUUUACUGGUCGAAAAGUGGACAAUGUUGAAUCUAUCUAUGAUACAUGUUGGUAGAGUCUUACCCUCGCAAUAGAUUGCAGGUCCUGGUGUGCUGAUAAAACCAUCUCUUUGAAAUAAUGGCACAUUUAAGUUCCAAGGAUUUAUUCUACAGGCUAAUUCUACUUAAACUUUCUACUUGUGUUUCUUGUACUACUGGCAAACCAUGUAGAGAAUUUCAUUGAAUAGUUAUGCUGACACAAUUCAAAUCUUACAACUUAAAACUGUUGUUUCCUUUGCUUAAAUAUGUGCAUUGGAAGACAUGGUCCCAAACUUCUAAGAAUUUUAAGUUCCGUAUAGGCUGGAAACAGACUGAUGUUUUUUUAUUUCUUUGUUUAUUUUUGGGUUACGCUUCAUGAAACCAUACCAUUUGAGGCAUCAAGGCCUUUGCUCAGGCUUGCACUGAUUGUGCAUCAUCAAUAGACAAGACUUAAUAGCUGUGUACUUUUAAUCAAAUUACUGGAGUUUGAUUAUUUUAGAAAUUCUUCCAACUCUGAACAAAAGCUGCCAAUGAGGUGGUAGUACUACAUCCAUUAUGUGAUGUGUAUCUCAAGUUAAUUUUUUUAAUUUCAAGAUCUCAAAACUUCUUUAAAGAAAUUUUUUUUCUUAACACACUUCAUAUUUUGGACCAAUUCUUGAAACUUUGAUUGAUUACUCCUUGAAGAGAUUAUCACAUUCUCCACUUCUUCAUUCAAUGUCCCUGUAUCAAUUUGUUUCUUUACUUUUAGCCUCGCCAUUUAGUAAUCUUUCUUUAAAGUUUGAGAAAAGCAACUGAGCUAAUUAUGUGUAAAAUGGUCUUGUCCUGCUUAUAGAACAGUACCUUAACUAAACUACUGUAAUGAAGACUAUUUCUCUUUGUUGUUUUGAUUUAGGAUAUUGCAUUUAUCCAUAAUUGCUGUGAUGCGAUUUUUGUGGCACUUCUCUGACAAUUGUUAGGUACGAAGGUCUGAGACAUUUACGUUAAAAAAAAUCAAUCAGAAUAUACUGCUGUGUUGUAUUAUAAGGCUUUGUAGGAGUGCAUCAAUGCUAAUAAGCCAAAGCUUGAAUUUUUGAAGGAUUUAAUGGUGUAGAGGUUGUAUUGACCUCUGCAAUGUGCUCUUCUUUUCCUUCACAAAUUACCUUCAACGGGGUGGUGUGAUUUGAUGAAUAAUAUGUCCACCUCUAGUCCUACAUUUCAGUUUGCUCAAUAUUUGAAGAAAAGUAUAUCUUCUUUUGGAAAGUUCACUCUUUUGAAUUCUAAAUCUCAUACCUCUCAAACCUACAUAAGCAAAAACAAAAAUGUUUUUUUUUUCUCUUUUUUUUUUCAUAAAAACAUUGUUCUACUACAAUUAUGAGCUACACAUGAUUAAAUUCAAUCCUCUCAGAGGAAAUUCGAUAUUGCCAAUGACGAAGGAGCAUGUGCGUGACCACGUGCCAAUGUGUUUUUCAACCAUUUUUUGUGUCACAAGGUCUUCCAAGGUAAUUGAUUCUAACGCAUCACUUUUUGGAUGAAAUGAACUGAGAACCAUUGUUGUUCUUUAAAAAAUAUUCAGUGUUUUUUUGAUGUUUUAUUUCACUUUUAUUGUUUUCUACAAAAUUUUGGUGUUUACCCUCCCAAAUUUUGGUAUUUAACAUUAAGUUAACAGUGUUGAUCUUUCAUAUGAGUAGCUGUGUGUAAUUUUUGGUGUACACUAACGAAUGCAAAGUAGGUAUAGAUUUUAAUACAUUAUUUGUACAGAAAUUAGGCUCAAAGAAAGUAGCUUGAGUUUUUGAAGUGGUGUCAUUUGAUGCGGCUGCAGACCGUGUUAUUGUGUUGAUUUAUUGAAUGUUUGCUAAUGGCUUGCAUGGCGGUAUUUAUUGAUUCAGAUCAUCAAUAAAGAGCUGCAUUUUCGAAA